UUCCCGAACGGUCGCAAGGGUUGUCAAUUGACUACUAUAGAGUCAUUGCACCCAGACCAGAGUUAGGGCACUGUUACUUUUACUCCUAGCUGAACCAAAGAUGCAGACUUCACGUUGCCUACGCCCAGCCUCUGCGGUCCCAUCCUAUCAGCCCCAGCCUAGGCGCCUGUCAUCCUAUGUAUGCCGCCCUGUAAGAUUGCUGGUGCCUGGACCGCUGCGUGGCCAAACCACCAAGUUCCUAUGCUCGGCGGGCGUCGCUCACCCUGGCGAGGAGGCCAAUAUUGGCCAAUUCAAGGGUCAAUUCGACCCGAAAAUGUCAGUACCUAAUGUCUUUGCUGCCAAAGGCGGUGGUGGUGGCCAAAACUUUGGCUCCGGUGGCAGCUUGGGAGCGGUCAUGGAGCGCAGCAGGCUGGAGUUUGUCAUGCCCACGCCACCAGCCGUGGCCCCAAAGCUAGAUGAUGGAGGUAGCGGCGGUGAUAUUGGCAAGAAUAUUCACAACGGUGGUGGUGGCGGAGACGGAGACGGUGGUGACGACGAUGACUACUUCAACGAGGACGGUGAUGGCGAUGGCGAGGGCGACGGUGAGGGCGGAGACGCCUUCUUCCGCACCCUUAUCCCAGAGUCUUAUGACAAAUUCUCCAUCGGGGCCGUCUUUGCGGAGUGGAUGCGGACGGUGGCAGAGCUGCCUCUCAUUCUUCGGCGUGCCGUGGAGAUGGGCCUCUUUAGCUCAGCGCAGCUAGUCCGCUUCUUCUCCAUGGACGUGCGGCCCAACCUGACGCGCAGCGUGUCACGGUCCUUGCCACCUGCGUGGGCCCGCGAGUUCGUGGGACGCCUCAUGGCCGACCCCGCCUUCGUCCAAAAGCUCUUCAUCGAGUCGUUCAUCGCCGCCGCCUCCUCGCUCUACUACGAGUACCGCGCGCGCGGCCCGGAGCGCUUCAAGGAGGAGCUGGACCUGGUGCUGAUCAACACGCUGGGCAUGGCGGCCGCCACCAGCGCGACGGUGUGGAUGGUGGCGCCCACGCGGUCGUACGGCAACGUACACAAGUUCCCCUGGCAGCAGAUGCUGGACAACCUGCCAAACUGCGUCUUUGACGCCAACGGCCCCCUGCGCACCUACACCCCGCAAUCCCGCAUCGCCGCCUUCUUCUCCAAGGCCGCUGAGCUCUCCGCCGUCGGCCUGCUCACCGGCGCUGGCACCUCGCUACUCUCCUCCGCCGCCGUCGCGCUACGACGAAAAUACGCCGACCCGGAUUUCGAGCCCAGCGUGCCCGUGCCUGACGUGGCUCGCAGCUCCGCCGGCCUGGCUGCGUUCUUCUCCCUUGCCGCCAACACGCGCUACCAGCUGCUCGGCGGCAUGGACCGCUACCUGCUGGGCCACAGCAACUUCAUGUGGACCUACCUGGCGUUGAGCGGCACCGCGCGGCUGGUCAGCAGCCAGCUGGGGGAGACGCAUCGUGCGCUGUGCCAGGGACUGCCCGACCCCUCCUCGCUGCCCAAACGGCGGGUGGUGAAGCGCAAGGUGAUGGUGCGGAAAAAGGUGCUGAAGCCGCAGCAGCCGGUGCAGGUGGUGGAGCCGGUGGUGGCAGCAGCGGCGCCGGUGGUGGCGGAGCCGGCCAUGACGACGUCUGGGCAGGUAGCGGCGGCGGCGGCGGAGGGGGCUGCAGUGCAGGUGGCGUCGACGUCGGGGCGGUUGGCGGAGGUGGAGCAGGUAUCGUCCCAGCUUCUCCCAGCUCAGCGGCAGGCGGGUCAGCAGGAGGAGGAUGUGGUGGUGCUUGAUCAGGUGCUGAGUGCGGCGGCUGUGCCUUCCAGCAGCGGCAGCGCUAGCAGCGGUGAGGUGUUGGUGCUGCACACGCAACCCCUGCAAGCGCACCCUUCCACUAGCAGCAGCAGCAGCGACGCAGCAACACCCUCCUCCUCGGCACCAUCGUCCUCACUCCCAUCGUCAUCCUACGCGCUCUCCACAUCAUCAUCAUCCUCCCCGGAGCUCCAUGCACCAGCGGAAGCAGCAGCAGCCGCACCAGCCUCGGACCUGGCAUCUCUAGUAGCGCAACAAUCGAGUGCGUCGCUGGACGCGGCGGCGAUGGCGGCGACGGAACGCGCCAUGGCGGCGGCGAUUGCGGCGUCGUCGGCAGGACAGCUCGUGGGUGCUGGACCUCGCUGAGGUGUUGCUGCAGGUGUUGGUGAUGUGGCGGUGGUGGUGGUGGUGGUGUUGAGUGUGGGGUUCACGAGCAUGUGUGCGCAUGUGCGUGCGCGGUACGGAGCUAGGAGGAGGCCUGCAUGGGGUGUGCAUGCAUCCGGUGUUGUGUGGUGCGGGGCGGAUGCGGGAGGACCGGGAACGUUUGCAGCCGUGCAAUGUAGCGCAGUGCAGUUUAGAGCAGGGAAAGUGAGCUUGUUGUUUGUGUGUAGAGCGAUUUGUGAGGAUGUGUCUCUCUGGUUUGGUCGUCGUCGUUGAUGUGUCAGAUAAUGGUGGUGAGGGCUUGUGAUGGUCGUAAACGCUCAGUAAACGUGUACGUAAAAGCAGCGAUUGCCUGCUGUUAUGGGAAGCAGGUUGAGCGGCCGACCACGGCCAUGCAGCGUCGGAGGUAACGGCGGUGAUUGAUGAAGAUUGAUUGUUAUCAGCCAGAGUUGCGUGUUUUUCAUAUUGUUUUCGAGAGCUUGGGUCUUUCCGGGUUUUCCGAGUGCACAUGCUGUGUUAAGACGACGCAGGGCCGCAAGGUUUGCUCCGCUUCUCCCUUCAACGCUUCUACACUUCUCGUUGCGCGGUGUUUGUGAUACGCUGUCUUGGUUCCGUUCCAACUGUCAUGCAACGGUCAUGCAACACGCAGAGCACAGAUGUGGUGUAAGUUCUACUCACGGUUUGCCGCAAGGGCGUGCUCUUUCCUCGUCACAUACUCUCCCCACAGCUGCCUUUCUAAACCCAGUUUGUGCGUGGACGCUUGGGCUUUUGUCAUUUGCGUCUGGAAAAGUCAACGGUGUGCAAAAUCUGCCGGGCGCCGCGGGCUUGCAGGUGUAGAGGUGUACAUAUGUGUGAGGAACGGGGCUGAGCAGCCAUUGCCUUUAGCUGCUAUUUCUGUGGCUGCUGUCAGCUGCUGUGUGAAGAACACUGGAAGUCGGUGCCAGGGAGAGGCGGAUAGCGUCGUUGUCGAGACCCUUGUGGUCUGUGCAUGUGCGCAUAUGUAUUUGUAAGGGGCCGCGAAUUCAUCGGAUGUCCCUUGACACACGGAUCAGGUGUUGCAAAGCGACAAGGCAUGCAGCGUUCUGCUGCUUGGCUGUAACAGUUACCGAAUAACCCAGAA